UGAUUAGAUGUACAGUGUGUACGGAUUCUAUGUGUACAUUGCACAAGAAUGACAACUUCUGCAACAACGAAAGGAACUUUUAACGUCAAUGGCACGAAAUUUACCUUAAAGUGUUGAUAUUUUGCUUAUUUUUUUAGUACAUUGGAAAAGUUGAAACCUGCUAGAUCUGGUGUUUCCAUCGAGACAGUAUUUAUUAAAAAUGGGGGGAUUUUUUACUAGAAUGUUCUCCGGCUUGUUUGGCUCCAAAGAGCUAAGAAUUCUAAUCCUUGGCCUGGACGGUGCUGGCAAAACAACAAUACUCUACCGCCUUCAUGUUGGCGAAGUAGUUACCACGAUACCAACCAUUGGUUUUAAUGUAGAAACUGUCAAAUAUGGCAAUAUCAAAUUUCAAGUAUGGGAUCUUGGUGGACAGACCAGCAUAAGACCUUAUUGGAGGUGUUACUACUCCAACACUGAUGCCAUUAUUUACGUUGUAGAUAGCUCGGAUAAAGAAAGGAUGGGAAUCUCAAAAUCAGAACUUGUAGCAAUGUUAGAAGAAGAGGAAUUAAAGAAUGCCAUGUUACUCGUUAUGGCCAACAAGCAAGACAUGGAAAACGCUCUCACGAAAGCGCAAGUAGCGACGGAACUCGGCCUGGCCGCCCUGAGGCACCGAAAGUACCAAAUCUUCAAGACAUCCGCCAUCAAAGGGGAGGGCCUCGAGGAGGCGAUGCAAUGGCUGGUGAGUGAACUCAAAACGUCGCAGUAAUGGAGAGACGUGUGUAAAUUCUUCCUUCAUAUUUCGUACAAAAUCAAUCGAUAUCAUCAAACUGUUGGGGGCAGUGGAUGUUUCUGACAACAGAGGGCGCUACAUACGCAUUGCCGCUUUGGGACUGCAUGCAUCGGUGAUCGUCAUCGGGUUUGUUGGUAAUCCAAUAGGUUUUUGGACCCCCGUAAAAAUGAUGAGAAGUUGGGAUUGCUUUGAGGUGUUGCUUUGAGAGAUGGUCCACACUCUUGCAAAAGAAGGUCAUGAAUGGUGAAGGGGGCGAUGCUUUUGGAGGGGGCGGGCCAUAGCAGCCCCUAAGGGAGGCUGCAGGUGGUAGUCAUUAAAUGAUUGAUCCAUUAAAACCCACCCGCUUUUAAUAAUGUUUCUUGCAUUGGUUGACAGAUGCGCCACCAUUCCUGGAAUAUCAAGCAACCCACAAAAAUACAUGAUGUGGCACUUUGAAUUUAAUUGAUAGGGUGAUUCUUUUUACUUGUUAAAUUUUUGGGCCUAUGUACGCACAGUGAUAUGAUAGGUCAUUGAGGAGAUUGGAAUUCUUAAAAAGUUUGUGACAGUAAAACAUUUGUAAAUCUAUUGUAUCAGACUUCUGUGACAUUCCACAUCAUUUUGGACAGGAAUCAGGUUGAUCAAGCUGUUAAAGGCAGUGGACACUAUUGGUAAUUGUCAAAGACUAGCCUUCACAGUUGUUGUAUCUCAACAUAUGCA